AUGGCAAAAAACAAUGGUAACCACUCGCCGUCAUCGGUAGGGACGUCAAAUGUAUCUUUAUUGUCGGAUGUGGACGUUGGUUUUGAGGAUUGUGGGGAACCAAAGUCGCCAAAAAAUGGGAUGGCAAAACGAGCCAGCAGAUUUCCUGGAGCUUUUUUACAAACAGAUGCUCUAAUGAAGGAAAUCCCGUCGCCACAUACCGACAAAUUCAACUCACCAACAUCACCAAAGCAAUGGCCAGCUUCAGCGAAGGAGCCCUUGUUACAAGGAGAGGAAAAUGGUCAAAUAGACAGUCGGGGCAAUGAGGCUUUUGAUGCUCAGCAGAAAACUAAGACGCCUUACAUUAGCGCAGAGUACAAGCUGGCGUUGUCUCAUUUUAGACGAAUAUUCUCUUACACUAAUCGUAAUGACAAAUUACUCCUACUUGCAGCAGGAGGAGCUUCAGUACUCACUGGCAUUACAUUACCUCUCAUGAACGUCGUGUUUGGUGAACUUGUUGGUGAUUUCAGCGGAUUUUAUAAUCCGGAUUCUGAUGAAACGAAGAAGAUGUUCACUUCAGCUAUCAAUCAAAAUGUAAUAUAUAUGCUCUAUUUAUUUCUGGGCAGGCUGGUCCUUGAUUAUGUCGCCGUUGUGUCAUCUUCUAUUGCAAGUGAGGUGUUCAGUUCUAUUAGAAUGGUGGUUGCCUGUGAAGCGGAAGGGAAAAUGGCAAAAAGAUAUGCUGCAUGGGUGAAGGAAUCUCGCCGCCGAGGUCUACUCAUGUCUCCUUUGGUAGCUGUUCAGCAAGCCCCUGUCUUUUUUGCGAUACAUGCUAUUUUAUCAUCUAUAAUGACUAUUGUAAUGUCUGUCGGGGGUAUAGCAGCCCCCAUUACUGCCGCCGCACAAGCCGCUGGUGCUUCAGGUAUACUAUUUAGUAUUAUUGAUGCACCACAGCCGAAAACAGGCGGCGUAAAAGGUCGGGAGGUUUCUUCGAGAGAAGAUAUCGUCCUUGAAAAUGUCAAUUUCGCAUAUCCUCUCAGACACGAUGUCAAGGUACUUGACAAUCUCAAUGUUCGAUUUCCAGCUGGGAAAAUAACCGCUAUUGUCGGAGCAUCUGGCUCGGGGAAAAGUACCAUAGUGGGAUUGAUUGAGAGAUGGUACGAGCUGGAUGGAAACCUCAUAGAUAAUGCACUUACACUUUUCUUCCGAAAUGGUACAAUCACUGUUGGUGGCCGAAAGCUUCAUGAUAUAGACCUGAAGUGGUGGAGGUCACAGAUAGGGCUUGUACAGCAAGAACCAUUUCUCUUCAAUACCACUAUUUAUAGAAAUGUGGAGUAUGGUUUGAUAGGUACUAAAUGGGAACAUGAAAGCUACGAAAAGAAGAGGAAGUUGGUAAGACGAGCUUGUAAAGAGGCGUUUGCAGAUGAAUUCAUUAAGCGACUCCCCGAGGGCUACAAUACAAUGGUAGGCGACUCUGGGAUAAAACUCAGUGGUGGUCAACGGCAGAGGCUGGCAAUUGCGAGAAGUAUUGUCAAGCAGCCGAAAAUACUGAUUCUUGACGAAGCAACAAGUGCUAUUGAUGUCAGGAGCGAGAGGAUAGUUCAAGCCGCACUAGAUAAAGUAUCGAAGAACCGAACUACUAUCACAAUAGCACAUCGAUUAUCUACCGUCAUCAAGGCAGACAAUAUUGUCGUCAUGAAGAAAGGGCAAGUGGUACAACAGGGAACUCACGAACAGUUGUUGAAAGAUACCGAAGGUCCGUACUGGGCGCUCGCAAAUGCUCAACAGUUAGGAGGUGGUGAGCUUCCCCAAAAUACAGUCAAUAUGUCAAACGAUCCAGAGAAACAAGACCUAGACUCCCCAACAUUCGAGAAGAUCAGUCUUGACCUUGAGGUCGAUCCAUCUAGCUUGGAAUCGCUAACUCCAAUGACGAAACACAAAACUCCUCUAGGAAGCUUUAUGCUCUUCUUGUGGGAACAAAAGCCGCGAUGGGUCUGGUAUAUUAUAAUGUUUCUAAGUUCAUUAGGCGCUGGUGCUUCAUUCCCUUUACACGCAUUUUUGUUUGCGAAACUGAUUUCGCUAUUUAAUCUAUGGGGCCAGCUUCUACAGGCUCAAACCAAUUAUUGGUGCUUCAUGUUUACGCUAUUGGCCAUUGGCGUGGGCAUUAGCUAUUAUGCUCUUGGAUGGUCUUCCAACACCGUCUCAUUUAACAUCACAGCCACUUAUCGCCAAGAAUAUUUCCAAAAUGUACUCUCGAAGCCGGUAUCAUAUUAUGACGAAGAAGAGAAUUCCGUGGGUAGUCUGACAGCUAGAAUGGCGAGUGAUCCUACUCAACUUCAGCAAUUACUUGGAAUCAACAUGGCAGUCGUGCUUAUUUCCAUGUUUAAUAUCUUUGGAUCUGUGGCUAUGUCAUUUUACUUUGGCUGGAAACUUACUCUCUUGACUGUGGUGACGACAAUGCCUAUCAUUCUAGCUGCAGGAUUCUUCCGUCUUCGAUACGAAACCCAAUUCGAAAAAAUGAAUAACGAGGUUUUUGCAGAAAGUUCUAAGUUUGCCACCGAAUCCAUCGGUGCGUUUCGUACCGUAUCAGCUCUUACUCUGGAGUCGGAGAUUUGUGGACGCUAUGAAAAGCUUCUGCGAAAUUACACCAAGAAAGCUUUCCGCAAAGCUAGAUUUUCAACCUUUAUAUUUGCGAUGAGUGAUAGUAUCGCAAUACUGUGCAUGGCAUUUGUUCUCUGGUACGGUGGUCAGCUUUUAGCCAGCCAUGAAUAUACGCCGUUUAACUAUCUAGUUGUAUAUUUAGCAGUUGUGCAAGGAAGUACCACUGCAGGCCAAAGUCUGAGCUUCGGACCAAAUGUCGCUCAAGCUUUUGCAGCAGCAAAUCGUAUUCGGGGUAUGAGACCGGAAGGUAAAAAGGAACACGAUUCAGUGCUCUACGAUUUUGCGGAAGCGGAUGAGGAGAAGAAUUCUCGUGGGGUCAAAAUUGAACUCAGGAAUAUCUCUUUCAAAUACCCUACUCGUGAUGUUCCCGUGCUUAAUGGACUAAGCAUGACGAUUGAGAAAGGUCAAUUCGCAGCCAUUGUUGGGCCCUCAGGAUGCGGCAAAACGAGUAUCAUAUCCUUACUCGAAAGAUUUUACCAGAUACAGAGUGGUCAGAUUCUUUACCAAGACACGGAUAUCAAGGAUAUUUCUCUAGAUGAAUAUCGUAAAUCCAUCUCCCUAGUCGCGCAAGAAGCUUCUCUAUUUGAAGGUUCCAUCCGCGAAAAUAUUCUUCUCGGUGUCCCGGACGAAGAAGAAAUCUCAGAUACAACACUUCAUCAAAUAUGUCGCGAUGCUGAAAUUCAUGAUUUCAUCUCCUCGCUCCCUGAGGGCUACAAUACCGCCGUUGGAGCACAUGGCGUCGCAUUAUCGGGUGGUCAAAAACAACGAAUUGCUAUUGCGCGAGCUUUGAUUCGGAAUCCAAGAUUAUUGUUAUUAGAUGAAGCGACGUCGAAUUUGGAUUCUGAGACAGAGAGAAGUGUACAGUCUGUUUUUGAGAGAACGGGUAGGGGAAGAACUAUGGUUGUUGUGGCGCAUAGGCUUGCGACGGUGCAGAAUGCAGAUGUUAUUUUUGUGCUGGGAGAGGGAGGGAAUGUGGUGGAGAGUGGGAGUCAUGGACAGUUGUUGGGGAUGAAGGGCUUGUAUUGGCAGAUGUGCCAAGCGCAAGCUUUGGAUCGAUGA